AUGAUCGACAAUCCGAGGACAGUAGUGCCAUGUGUUGUUCCGCAAGAACAAGACGGCGAUGCGUCCAAUCAGGAUGGUCCGAUCAGCUUAAAUACGGUUGAUGAAGCUUUAGACGCUUUCCGCAACGGUGAAUGUUUAAUCGUGUUAGAUGACAUGGAUAGAGAAAACGAAGGCGACCUGAUUGUUUCUGCUGCUAAGAUCAGCACCGAGAUGAUGGCUUGGAUCAUAAGACAUAGCAGUGGCUACGUUUGCAUAGCUCUCACCGCAGACAUCUUGGAGAACUUCAAUAUUCCAAUGAUGGUUGAGAAUAAUACCGACCCCCACAAGACCGCUUACACACAUACAGUCGAUUACAAGCAUGGCACCACCACCGGCAUUUCAGCACAUGAUAGAGCUCUCACAGCACUCAAGCUAAGCGAUAAGACCAACAAACCUGAAGAUUUUAGCCGACCAGGUCAUAUGGUACCUUUGCGAGCAAAUCAAGGUGGUGUAUUGUCCCGAAGAGGUCACACAGAAGCGGCAGUUGAUCUAUGCAAGCUUUCUGGUUUACCGCCUGCAGGUAUCAUAUGCGAGCUGGUCAAACCUGACUGCCCACAGGGCUCCAUGGCACGUAGAGAUGAUUGUGCUGUGUUCGCUCGACAAUGGGGUCUGAAGAUGAUCACAAUUGAGGACCUUUAUCACUACCGUCUCAAGAAAGAACGUCAACCUAUGUCGACAAAUUGGAGUGUCAAUCAAUUAUUCGCUCUAUCCUAG